AAGAUUUACACUUACAGGCUGGUGCACUCUGGGUUCUAACAAACAGUGCUGGUUAUUGUAGCUCACACUACUUCACACAGCCCGAUAGAGAAGGCACAUACAUUAAUUCUACUUUAUGUACUGAAAAUCCAUGGUUUUUUUUGUUUUGUUUAAAAAAUCAGAACUGCGAAAGAGUUCCAUCUGUAGUUAGCGUGAAGUGGAUUUGGGGUGACCCUCAGGAGCUAAAAGCAUCAUGGAGUCAACAAUGACACAAAGCCAGUUGGACGAGGUGGAGAAAUUACUGACCAGUAUAAUCUGCAUGUUCAAUAAGUAUUCCCAGUCUGAGGCAUUGCUCACAUUAGUUGAGGAACCCCAAUCUGAGCAGGCUAUGAUGCUCACCUAUGACCCGGCUCGGCCUAUCAGUCCCGUCACUGAGGCAGAUGUAUGGAGGUCUGUAGGAUUCUGCUUGGCCAACACUGAAACUAUACUUUAUGACGCAUCGUUAUUGAAGGAAAAUGAGAAAUCAAAGUGUGAGUAAGAUCACUGGAUGUCUUUCAGUAAAGCUGAUUGCUUUAAACCAAAAAUACAGAGUGAGUGUCUGAGUCUAAGUCUUAUGUUGUCGGACACAAGGUCAUGUUGCCCAUGUUAACGUUAAUCAUGAUCUUAAGAUCAUAUUCUUUUUCCUGGUCUCUCAAAGGUGCUGAUAUUGGUGCAGACAUGGUGUAAGAAGAUGUGUAAUGAAGAUACUACAACUGUGAUGUCUAAUAAACCUGGGCUGCUAUAUUAAUCAUAUACCUUGAUUUAAUGCUAUAGGCUUGGCUUAUCUCCAGGCAUUGUGGUGCCACCUCCUGGUUCGUUUAAGCCUGUCUACAUCCCUGCUAUCAUCAACAUCAAUGCUAUAAAAAUCCUCCUAAUACUUUUGUUUUAAUUCUAAAAAGCAGAGGACUAAAUCAUUCGUGUUCAUGGUGUUGCGUUUGUCUAGUAUUUCUAUUUUUCUAACUGGAUGAAGUGAAAUUUAAUACCACAUUGAAUUUCUAUACAAUAGCAUGUUAUUCUAACUCAAUACACACUUAACAUCCCUAAUACAUGUUUAAAGUCUGUUUGUUUGUUUUUUUAAUAUCUAUUUCAGUUUAUGUUUGUAAAUUGAGAUUUCUGAGAUUUUGGGAUUUCUGAGACUUUCCUGGAAAUCGAGGAUAAUGUUCAGGUCACUAAGCACUUCUUAAAAUAACGGAUGUUAAUUACAGGACUAAAUGCUCUGCUUUAAUUGAUUCAGCUCACUACAACCACUCAAACGAUCUAUUUAGCUUCAUUCUGGGUCAGAAAGUUGUCGUUUUUCCAUCCGUGGCUCUUUAUGGCUUCAAUUUUAACCGGAAACCCAAGUGCUAGUGACAGUUAGUCAGUUAAUGACUCCUAAAAUCCAUAGUUUGUCAUGGUCUACUUUUUCCUUUUGCUGUAAUAGUCUGGUUCUUUGCCAGAUGACGCACACAAUUUUGGGUAAACCAUAUAUUGAUGGUAAACAAAUGUGUGCAUGCGUGUGUCGUUUGUGGACAGGCGUGAUUCUGAGUUUGAUUCUAUUUUUAAAUCUUCAUCCUAGGUGAGAACAUCAAUCCAUAGAUGUAAAAUCAGACUCUAGAACACAAAUCAAUUAGCAUUCUGCAUGCAAUGAUCAAUAUGCAUAUAAAAAGCUAAUGCUGAAGACAUUUCACUCAGCUUGAAAGCAGGAUGAGAUACUUUUUUUACACUUUCCAUCAAAUCUUCUUUUUUUGUCUUAAAUAUACGUUAUAUUUUGGACCAAUCCUGGUGAAUUUUUGCAUUCCCCAAGAUGAACCUCCAUUCAACUCAAAGUGUGUAUCUCUGCCACCCGGGGGACUCUAACUGCACGGCUAUGUUUAAAGAGUCUCUGAGUGCUGAGAACUACAAGAUGCAGCACGAACCGUCCCAUGGGCCAACCCCCAUCAUCCACAACGAUUUUUCACACCUGUUUCCCACCGUGGAUGUCCCGGAUCAUGCUCACUACAUUCUCGGGACGGUCAUCCUCAUGGUGGGGAUCACAGGAGUAAUAGGAAACGCUCUGGUCAUUUACGUGUUCUGUCGCAGCCGUCCACUACGUACACCAGGGAACAUGUUGGUAGUCAACUUGGCUGUGUCUGACUUUUUCAUGUCACUCACACAGUCGCCUGUGUUUUUUGUGGCCAGUCUGCACAGGCGUUGGGUGUUUGGUGAGCUUGCAUGUGAACUGUAUGCCUUCUGUGGUGGACUUUUUGGGAUCUGUUCCAUGAUGACUCUAACAGCUAUAGCUGUCGACCGCUGCCUCGCCAUAACCCGGCCUCUUGCUUUGCUGGGUCAGGUCAAUCAAGGCAGGACUGGUACAGUGCUCACCCUGCUAUGGCUCUAUGCUCUGGGCUGGAGUCUACCUCCUUUCUUCGGCUGGAGCGCAUAUGUUCCAGAGGGUCUGCAGACCUCCUGCUCUUGGGACUACAUGUCGUUCACGCCGUCGGUGCGCACCUACACCAUUCUUUUGUUCAUAUUUGUCUUCUUCAUGCCUCUGAGCAUCAUUGCUGCCUGUUACCUGGCCAUCUUCCGAGCCAUUCGAAAAACCCGCAGAGAGGUACGACGGCUUGACUCCGGUGAGACGCAUAAGGUGCUCGAAUGCAUCAAGACUGAAUGGAAGAUGGCUAAAGUGGCCCUCUUGGUUAUCUUACUAUUUGUGAUUUCCUGGUCGCCGUACUCCGUGGUAGCUCUCACAGCAACAGCUGGCUAUGCUCAUGUCCUUACACCUUAUAUGAACUCCAUCCCUGCGGUGAUCGCCAAAGCUUCUGCCAUCCACAACCCCAUAAUCUAUGCUAUUACACACCCUAAAUACCGACUAGCCAUUGUGCGUUAUGUUCCUCUUUUCCGCCUUAUCCUGUGUGUUGGAAUGAAUAAGCACUCGUCCUCCAUCUCUACCAGUGGCGCCUCUUCUCAUCAGACAGCUCUAACCAGCCAGCAUGCCCUUGGUGUCCGGAUUGGCAAAGCCACACGUGCUAACUGCCGCUGGGGGAAGACACGGCUAUCCUCGGCUUCUGACACUGAGUCCUGCUGGACAGACAGUGAGGCUGAUGGCUCCAGUGCCAACUCGCUGCCUUUUGCCAGACGUGUGUCUACAGAGAUCUCUUCAGACACUGCCAUUCCUCCAGAGCAGCCUGGCAUGAGCACAGGAAUUGGGCAGAAAAUGGUGAAGGCUGACAGAGUUAGCAGCAUACCUGUGCCCUCCAUUAUUCUGGAACCAGAAGGAGGAGUGCUUUCUGAUGGGAAAACCUUUCUCCUAUCAGGUAACUGACAGAGGAUUGCCAAUGCGCAGCUUUGGUUUUCCUUAAUAAUCGCUUCUCUGUGUAAACUAAAAGGUUGUUCCUCACUUCUUUUUGUAUAAAUUAUGUAUGUAAUAUAACUUAAUAUAUAGGAUUCAACUGUAUUAGUUCAACUAAAACUAAAAUGUUCUUGGCAUUUUUUUUCAGAAGCAUUUAUUGACAUUGAUAUUGAAUA